CUAUGGUUAUUGUGACGGAUCGGGCAAUCUUGUGUCAGCUGGCAGUCCCCAUUUCAGCAGAUAGUUUUGCGACAUCACGCAAUCAUGAUUUGUGGCAGCUGGCUUGCCUCUUAAACCAGGUGAUCCAGCCAAUCCAGAAGUAUCUGAACGAGUGCUCCAGGUCACUCGUUGACAAACGAAAAGAUCUCGGAGGAGACACCGACAAUGAAGACAAAACUAUCACGGCAGGUGGAGAAGUUCAUGGAACUUAUGAUCCCCUCGAGAAACAACGUUCAGGAAAUCGCGUUCCCGUGCACGUAAAAACAAAGACGUGGGCAAGAAGAAAUUGUGACACAUCACGAAACCAGGCUUGA